GGAGCCCCCGGGUCGGCGCGUGCGUACUCUGUACGCACCUCGUACGCAAGCGCGCGCUUCUGGGCGGAAGCAACAAGCCCCGGUUGCACGUGGGCUCCGGGGCUAUGGAGGGGGAAAUGCAGACUGAAUCGAAGAUCCGGGCUGAUUCUGGGACAGAGCCCGGCCCUAGGGGCCCCGGCUGUAGCCUCCGGCACUUUGCCUGCGAACAGAACUUGUUGUCCCGGCCUGAUGGCUCUGCCUCUUUCCUGCAAGGGGAUACCUCCGUCCUGGCCGGCGUGUACGGGCCAGCUGAGGUGAAGAUCAGCAAAGAGAUCUUCAACAAGGCCACGCUGGAAGUGAUCCUGAGGCCAAAGACCGGACUGCCUGGCGUAGCGGAGAAGAGCCGGGAGCGGCUGAUCAGAAACACAUGCGAAGCGGUGGUGCUGGGAGCGCUGCACCCCCGCACCUCCAUAACUGUGGUGCUGCAGGUCGUCAGCGAUGCUGGCUCUCUCCUGGCCUGUUGCCUGAAUGCCGCCUGCAUGGCCCUGGUGGACGCUGGUGUGCCCAUGCGGGCCCUCUUCUGUGGGGUCACUUGUGCUCUGGACUCGGAUGGGACCCUCAUGCUAGACCCUACUGCUAAACAGGAAAAGGAGGCCCGGGCAGUCCUGACCUUUGCCCUUGACAGCGUGGAAAGGAAGCUGCUGAUGUCCACCACCAAGGGGCUCUACUCCGACGCCGAGGUACCACUGCAUAAUUGGGGGUGAACACCAGGCCCUUUCCACCCCCCUGACACGAGCUCCAGCAGUGCCUGGCUGCAGCCCAGACUGCCUCCACACACGUCUUCCGCUUCUACCGGGAAUCGCUACAGAGGCGUUACUCCAAGAGCUGAGGCAAGCCAGGGCAGGCUGCCCCUCCCACCACCUCCAGCGUCAAAGAAGCCAGCAGGCCGGCCCUGCCGAGAAAAGAGUGGCUAUAGCCGAGAAAAGAGUGGCUAUAGCCGGCCCCCUGGGCAUGGGGGACGGGCACAGACCCCGCCCCACUCCAGGAAGACACUGGUAGGGUAGUGCAUUCACUGAAUGAAGCUACUCAUUCUAACAGCCCCAUGAAACCGGGACUGCAGUUAGAGUGCGCAAGCCCUGCUGGGUGCUAAGGCCUCAGCAGUGAAUGAGGCUCAGGUUCGAGGAACGGUGAGGUGAUAGACAAGUAACAGUAGUGUGUGUUGGAUGGUGGAUGCUAUUUAAAAAAUAAAACAAUACUAAAAAAAUUUUUAAA